UUGGCGGCGGCGCUGAGGCCGCGCGGCCGCCAUGGUGCCGGCGGCGCUGCGCUGCCGCCUGCGGCGCCUCCUGCCUGCGGCCGCCGCGGGGACCCCGCGGCCCGGCCGCGCCAUCGCGCAGUCCCACGGCGGGCAGGGCCGCGGCGGCGGCGCCCCGCGGGCGCGCCGCGACCUCUACGAGCUACUGGGUGUCCCGGCCACGGCCACGCAGGCGCAGAUCAAGACGGCCUACUACGAGCAGUCGUUCCGCUACCACCCGGACCGCAACGCCGGCAGCGCUGAGGCGGCCCAGCGCUUCGCCGCCAUCAGCGAGGCCUACGUGGUGCUGGGCAGCGCCGCGCUGCGCCGCAAGUACGACCGCGGCCUCCUCAGCCGCGAGGAGCUGCAGGGGGCCGCCAAGCCCUCGGGCCGCCAGGCACCGCCUGCCUCGGCACCGCCGCGGCGCCCCUCUGCCACGGCCGCCGGCCGCCGCGGACCGCUGCCGCCACCCUUCGACUUCGACGCCUUCUACCGUGCGCACUACGGGGAGCUGCUGGAGCGGGAGCAGGCGCUGCGGGCCCGCCGUGAGCAGCUGCGCCUCCGCCGUGAGGAGGCUGCAGCCCGCGGCCGCUUCCUGCCUGACCUCUCCGUCGGGCUCAUCUUGCUCCUGGGCUUUGCCCUGCUCUAUGGCCUCAAGUAGUGGUGGGGCUGGCCCCCGCAGAGAGCUCUGGGAGCUGCCGAUCUGGCCUCACUACUGUGGCAGGCAUGGAGCGUGACCACUGGGCACGGCUGUGACAUCUCCUCUGCAGUGUAACAGAUGCAGUGUGUGGUGCUCUGCAGGCUGCAGUGUGUCCCCUCUGCCAGCGUGACCUUCAGACAUCAGAUGUGAGCAAUGGGCAGUGAGUGGCUGUGAUGUGGCCCUUCCACCAGUGUGACCUUCAGACAACAUAGGUGACCAGCAGGCACAACUUUAUGGCUAUGAUGUGUCCCCCCACAAGUGUCACCUGUGUAUGACCGGCAGGUACUGCACAGGGGUUCUGCUCUAUAGCCUGUCAUGUGCCCCAUCUGCAAGUACAACCUCAGAAAUAGUGCACGAUAUGCAAACAUGGUUCAUGGACUCUCCUUCACAGACUCUGACUGUGUCCCCACUGCUGUCUGAUCCUGGCAGGAACCAUGCACUUGUGCUCUUGAGGGAGGGUGGAGAUUAAAUGGUUGCCAACAGUAUUUGUAUGCUCUGUGUCUUCAUAGGUGAUGCUCUCACUCAUCCUGAGUAAUGGCUGUUUAGUUUUCCAAAAUCUAUCACAGAGCCCCGCCACCUCAAUGCUUUCACACUUGUUACUACCACAUCUGCGGGGAGUUUCAGGAGCACUACUCUCCAGACUGCAUUACUGCUUUUGUCUGUCCCUCUUCAGGGCUUUGCUCCCUGGUGAAUGCAGAGGUCUCAUGUUCAGCCAUCAUUCCUGGAAGAGUGAAGCUUGGGCGGAUGGCUGCCUAUGUCCUGGUCAGCAUGUCCUGGUCAGCACCUACCACCUGCUUCUCCUUGGAGAUGCUGCGCAAGACACUACUAUGUUCAGAACAGCUUGUCCUGUCUAGUGUUUGACAGGAACUUUGCACAAGACCAUCUUAUGCAGGCCAUAAUGGCUUGAAGUGGCACAUUUCUGGGUACAGAGUGGCAUUAUUUGUGUUUUAUGUGUGUUUAAGCAUUAUUUGCACUUAGAAUAUUUGCCCGUUUAAGUACUGAAGUGCUUUAGGAACUAAAGAUUAUGUUCUUAGAGCUUCUGUCUCUCUUUGGGUGAAGACUUCACCUAUGUUAUAUUUAUAUUAUGUGGAGUGAGUGAAAGCUUGCUAUAACAUAGGACUGCAAGUCUUAGUGUGCCAAAGACUUCACAUGUGUUUAUUUGCACUGGAUUUGCUGGGCCUGGCUGGCAGAUGUCUGCACAGAAGCCAAGCUGCUGUCUGUCAUUACAGUGAUCCUGGGUUAUGUUUUCUCCCAACAUAGAUGUGUUUAAAAACAAAAGUCUUGUGUAUUCCAGUUGCUGAGUUCUGUGAUGUUGCAACAAGCUUAAGGCAGUAGCAUAGCCGAGCCUGUAGUAUGUACUGAUAUAGAAUGUAUGGUGGUAUGUAGCAGAUACAGGAGAAUUUUCAGCUGGGUUCUUGAGAACUGCUUCUGGAGAGAAUUAUACCACUUCCAACUACAGGCUCCAGAGACUACUUUGUGUUUGGAGCAAACUUGGCUCAGGGGCAGAAAGAGAGCUUUCCAGGACCCCCUCUGGUUGUCCAUCUACCCCUGUAUGAGGGAUUCUAGUUCUGAAAUGUCAGCUUGUCAGCACAAGGAGUCUGGCCUUCUAGGUUGUUGGAUAUGGAGUGAAAGACUCCAGAAUUGUGGCUCUGUGUCACACUGAUGCUCUUUCAUGCCGUAAACAAAGUCAAUUGAAAGAUCAGAGGCUGCUCCCCAUACACGGUUUGGCAGGUAACAUUCUCUUCCAAACUGGAAGAAUUAGAGAAGUCCAUGGGAAGUGGGUGUGCCUUACAUGGGAACACCUCUCUAAUUCCCACUAUGAUGGCCUGUGAGUUUUUAAAACAGCCCUGCCAAAGGCUGGGGGAGUGGGGAGAAGAGGCAAUGUGUGUUCCCUGGGUUGAUCUUUCUUUAAUACAUAUGUAGCGAUGAGGACCAGAAGGUAUAGGCUGUUCCUACAGGCAGGCCCCAUAUCCAGCUGCAAGCACCUGCUGGCAAAGAGAGGGUCUGGUGUCAUGCAGUGCUGAGCAGUUGGCAGGAUGCUGUGGUGUUCCCCUCUUGACCUGGAGCAGGAGGAAACAUGGCUAGUUGCUGUGCUGCCCUACAUUGUUCUGCCUUAACUCUGAGAAAGGAGAUGAGCUGUUCCAGUAAGCCACGUGACUCUUCUGCUCUGUGUUUGAUGCUUGUGUCUGAAAUGUAGGGUGUGAAGUACCCAGGAUGAACUGAUCUGUGUGCCUUAGAAUGGAUGGUUUGGGCAAUGGAAUAUUACUGGUUCUUCCUCAGGUCUCCCUGACAGAUCUUGAACAUUAAAGUUAUCCAUCUCAUAAACUGUUAAUGAAA